AUGGCCGCGCCUUGUCCGUCCUCGGCUGCCGCUGCCUCGGCGCUGGAUGACGAUCUGUUCGACCUGGGCAUCCAGGAGAACGGUGACGUGGCAACGGUGGACUCUCUGGAUCGAGCCGAACUGGAACAGUGCGAUGCCCAGCCGGCAUCGGGCGACGACACCGGGCCCGACGAUUUAGAGCUUGCGCUCGCAGAAUUGGUUGAGGAGGCCAUGGAAGCCAUUUCCGAAGCCAGCGUCUCGGACGUAGAGAUGAUGGAUCCCACUCCAGCUGCUGCGAAUCCUUCUGGAUCAAAGAUGCCGCCGCCCCCUUCAUCCUCAUCGGUGGCUCGCAAAAAGCCUGCCGGGCGCAAGGCGUGGCCGAAGGAGAGAUGUGCUGGACUCCCAGGCUCUCCUUGCACUUUCCACAGCAGAGGCACGGGAGAGUCCGCAAGGAUCCAUCCUGAACGUGGCGAAACACAUUGCCGCUUAUGUGACCCAGACGAGUGUCGAGCGACUACGGAUGCGAUCUUGCUGAAUCUACUGACAACCUUCAAGAGCAAGGGCGACAUCCUAUACCGCGCAGCCUUGGACCGUCUGCGCCAGCAUUUGGGGGAGUCAAAGGUUUCUUCGCUCGUCGACCCCUGGGGGGAGCGCUUGCUUAAACGCCGAGCUGCCUCUGCCACGCUGAAGCCUGGGCCACGAGAAGCCUACAACGCCGAGGUCACGCGGGAUCGGCGGGUGGCUCGCCGCAAGAUCUUCUUUCCCGAAAAGCUCCACUCCCGCGCAGCAGAAGCGGACGAGGCUGCCGAGAUCGAGCACGUCCGAUCCAUCGGCAGUAUCGAGGAUAUGGCGGCAAAUGACACCGGCCUACCCACCCCCAAAGAAUCGGUUCCGCGCUUCGUGGAAGCCUGGUGCAAGCAAGGGUCCUGGGCCAUCUGUGAGAAGUGCCACAGCAUGUGCCCGCGGCCUCUCCAGCCAGUGGACACACGGCGAGUCGCUAAGCCAACGAUCCCGGCAAACCAGUGCACGGCUUGCCAGAAAGACGAGUAUGUUCCCCAGUUAGCUGACAUCCCUGUACCUCUGCGUGACCUGAAACCUCGUGUGAUCCAAGCCCUUCGUCCCCUCGAGAUCGAUACCGGGGCGGCUGAGCGGGUGCAGUUUGGUUAUCGUGUGCACACCUCUAUGAUCAGCUUCGCAUGGGAGCCGGUGUCCGUCGAGUACAAGAUCACCUCGCUGGAGAAGCGAAAGGACCGGAAGGCGGCCGAGGCGGCUUACCUGCAUCUCAUGAGCUCGUCGAGCAGUGCCUACAAGGACUUUGUUCUCAAGCACAAUGAGUUCCUCGAGAGGCACGGCGAGAAUGCGGACAAGAAGGUCCGGAAGCGUCCCCUCCGGUUCCUGGAGGAAGAGGGCUUGGAAUGUUGUCUGUGGCCGCACCUGUACUAUCACAAGAACCUCUGUGAGACCGUGGCUCGCGCAACCCACGAAGCACGGCAGAAAACGAAGCAGGGCCGCAAGCGGCGUGCGGACGAAAGCAGUGACGAGGAGGCAGCCGAGGAUGCAGGGGAUGGUGUGGGCGACACCAUUGCUGCCAGCAAGCUGGGCCGCAUCAAGCGAUACUUCUGCGGUGCCAUGGCACGUGCCGGACGAGCGGACCGCAACUGGAAGGAGCAUCUGUUGGGUCCGGCAGCUGGAGACGGCACCAACACCGUGGUGGCGCACGCAACGCGGUUGGAGUUCCAGGAUGGGAAGCGGAAGCGCGGCACUCAAAAAUACCAUGGUCGCGGCACCACACACAGCCACUCGCUCGACUUCCUCGAAAACAUGGGAGCUAUCGGCCUGGAGACCAAGGUACAAGCCACGAUUCCGCCGGAUGACACUGAGCCUCUGUUGCAUGGCUUGGUUAUGGACUCUCAAUGUGAUUACAAGGACUCUGGCCUUCCGGUGCGUGAAGAGCCUUCCGCUUGGGACGGGGACGAGCAGAAGGUGUUGCUCCACCACGGGGAGGACGACAAGGACGCCAAGGUCCGGGCGUACUUCAAGCAUACGAUGGAGGUGACCAAGUGCCACGAGGAUGUGCAGCAAGGCGACGGCAAUGGCGCCGUGCUUCGCUACGUGUCGACCUACAACAUGAAGUUCAGCAACUCCAUGGAUUCGGAUUGGCUGAAUGGAGCGGCGUCCGACUACAGCACUGCCGCAGGAGUCCUCCGCCGCUACCAGCCGCUGGAGCCAGAAAUGUGGUUGACCCUGGCACAGGAGCGGUUCCCACAGGCCUACCUAAGCGGCAGCUUCGUAGAUUACAUGGCUCCGAGCUUGGACAUCGAAGAGAAGCCGCUGUUCCUCCAGCACUACGAAGGGUCCACCUGGCGCCGCGAAGACAUGACACUCCUGGAGUUCCUGCGCAAAAGCAACGCACAAGGCGAAAUCAUUCACCAUAUCCGCAGGAAGCACCAAGACAAGGUCAUGGAGGAGGUCCGUGACCUCAGACACGAGUCGGAAAAGGAAUUCGCGGGGUGUCGCAAGGAGUUGCUGGCGGCCUUCCGUCGCCACCGAUCGGAUUGUAAGGCUCGACGGCGAGAACCGAAGCCCUUGACGGAGUUCCUCGCCGACCGCGACUACCUCGGCCUCACCACCCUGGAAGACUUCGCCAACGACUACGUCUGCCGGGGCGAAAAAUUGGCUGCCGUUUCCACGCAUUCGAUGCUGAACGACCGCUACUACGGUCAGUGGCUGGCACUCAACCGGCCGUUCCGGCGACUGGAACAAUUCGUGGAAUCCGCCCCCGACGUCAUGGAGCGAGUGCCCGAGAAGUACCGGUGCUUCGCACUGUGCCUGCACCACGCUGCGGAUUUCUGGGACAACGAAGGCCUCGUCCGUGAAGCUAUGGAGCUGGAAGCACGAAGCAACGCCUUCGUCGAAACCAUCCUGAAGAAGGUCCAAGCGCAGAAGCACCUGGUUGAGCGCUACCUGGGGGGCGAGAUUCCCGUCACAGAAGUCAUGAGUGCCGAGGAAUCCGACGAGGGGGGUGCGCUGGACUCAGAAGGCAAGCGGUCGAAAUUGACACAAUCCCAGAAACGGCUAAAGACUCAGAUCAAGGACCGUAUGGAGAAUGCCAUGACUGCCGCUGAGGCGCGAGACGACGAAACCGUGGAAGCUUGUGUGGCGGCAGCAGCGACCAAUCGAAUCCUGUUCGCCAACGGCCCGCCAGGCACUGGCAAGACCUACGUGGUACACGAACAGGUUCGCCGCUGGAAGCAGAGGGGGGCCCGCAUCCUCUUUGCCGUGCCAACAGGACAGUUGGCUUCUGAGAUGCGUGCCAUGCAUCCGGACAUCGACGUGGACACCAACCACGGUGCCUUCCUACUACACCGGCCCCUGCAGGAGGCGAUGGCCAUCAUGACCCAGUACGACUUGGUGAUCAUCGACGAGGUCUCCAUGCUCACGGCUGCCCACUUUGAGCACAUCCUGGCACUGUGGAAAUAUGCGGACCAGCUGCCGUGCUUGGUUCUGUUGGGGGACUUCUGGCAGCUUCCUGUCGUGGAUAAGACGGCAGAGCGCUGUGAACAGUCGGCCGCCUGGGGCAGUCAUGUGGCGACCGUACGCUUCCACGAGCAGGUGCGGUGCAAGUGCCCUGUCCUCCAGAAGAAGCUUGACAUCCUGCGGACGGCCAUCCCAAGUGUGGAGCAGAUGAAGGGCAUCCUCCGCAGGCACCGGGCCUGGAAGACCCGAGAGCCCACCGGGUACGACGUCCUGGACCUCUUCCGCAGGCACGAAGACACCACCGUCGUCACCUGCACACGCCACGGGGCAGCCACCAUCAACGACCUGGCUGCGAAGGUGUUCUUCGAAGAUCGGCAUGUGCGGCCACUGGGGAGCUUGCCACUGGACUACGAGGCCAACGCAAGCAUGACGCUCCCACACGUCACCUUGUGGUUGGACCACGCUGGCUGCCGGGCGGCCGCCUAUGUAGCCUUGUCUCGGGUGCAGAAGGACGAAGACUACCUCAUUGCCGGGCUUGUCGGCACCAAGCACUUCGUCCCCGCCCACUGA